ACCAACCCCCUUGCUUUUCUCUUCCUCAACCGUCGAGCGACCUCCCCCCUCCCUCCCUCUUCCUCCCACCCUGAACACUCCUUCCAACAACCUUCGCAUCUUCGCAUUUCCCAGACAAGAGUAGGCAGAGCAGCAGCCAUGGGCGAGAUCACCAUUACCGGGUGGACAACGCGCGAUGUUCGGUUUCCCACCUCGCUGGACAAGACGGGCUCCGACGCCAUGAACGCGGCGGGCGACUACUCGGCCGCCUACUGCAUUCUGGAGACAGAUUCCUCCUACACGGGGCACGGCAUGACCUUCACCAUCGGCCGAGGCAACGACAUUGUGUGCGCGGCCAUCAACCACGUUGCCGAGCGCAUCAAAGGCCGCACGCUCUCGAGCCUGGUGGCGCACUGGGGCCGGACGUGGCGCCACCUGGUCAACGACAGCCAGCUCCGCUGGAUCGGUCCGGAGAAGGGCGUCAUCCACCUGGCCCUGGGCGCCGUUGUCAACGCGCUUUGGGACCUUUGGGCCAAGACGCUCAACAAGCCCGUCUGGCGCAUCGUGGCCGACAUGACACCCCAACAGUUCGUCGACUGUAUCGACUUCCGCUACAUCACCGACGCCAUCACGCCCGAAGAAGCCCUCGCCAUGCUGACCGAGUCGGAGGCGGGCAAGGCCGAGCGCAUCCGCGACGCCGAGAACAACCGGGCCGUGCCGGCUUACACCACCAGCGCCGGCUGGCUCGGCUACGGUGAGGACAAGAUGCGCGCCCUGCUGCAAGACACGCUCGCCAAGGGGUACCGCCACUUCAAGCUCAAGGUCGGCGGCAACGUCGAGGCCGACCGUCGGCGGCUGACCAUCGCGCGCGAAAUCAUCGGCUACGACCGCGGCAACGUGCUCAUGGUGGACGCCAACCAGGUCUGGUCGGUGCCCGAGGCCAUCGAGUACAUGAAGCAGCUGGCCGAGUUCCGGCCCUGGUUCAUCGAGGAGCCGACGUCGCCCGACGACGUGCUGGGCCACAAGGCGGUGCGCGAGGCGCUGCGGCCCUACGGCAUCGGCGUGGCCACGGGCGAGAUGUGCCAGAACCGCGUCGUCUUCAAGCAGCUGCUCAUGGCCGGCGCCAUCGACGUGUGCCAGAUCGACGCCUGCCGCCUGGGCGGCGUCAACGAGGUCCUCGCCGUCCUGCUCAUGGCCAAGAAGUUCGGCGUCCCCGUCGUGCCGCACUCGGGCGGCGUCGGCCUGCCCGAGUACACCCAGCACCUCAGCACCAUCGACUACGUCGUCGUCAGCGGCAAGCGGUCCGUGCUCGAGUACGUCGACCACCUACAUGAGCAUUUCCGCCACCCUUCCGUCAUCAAGGACGGCUUCUACCAGACGCCGACCGAGCCCGGGUACAGCGUCGAGAUGAAGCCUGAGAGCAUGGACCGGUUCGAGUUCCCCGGCGGCGAGGGCAGCUGGUGGAGGAGCGAAGAAGCGAGACCGAUAUUGGAAGGCGAGAAGAUAUAGAGCGGGGUGGGCUUGUUUUCAGUUGUUCCGGGGUUUGCUGAUUGCUUGUAUCUCCUUUACUUACUCUCGUGAGCAUUAUAGAUAUCUAGGGGUGGGAAAGGCAAAAAGAGACAACCUGUACGGCAUCUCAGGUGC